GAAGAAACCCGCAAAAUUUCUUUCCAACCCUACCCCCAUCUCAUCUGCAAGCCCUAACUAUCUUCAUCACCUCCUUUCUAGAUCUCGAAGCGUAACACGCAUGGGCUCCAGAAGGGGUGCGGAAAAUGAUGGCGCUAGCCCUGGGAAAAUCUUCAUCGGAGGCUUAGCCAAGGACACUACUUUAGGUGGGUUUUGUGGAAGUUUUGAUUUUGAGCACUUUUGAUAACUCUUGGUGUUUUGGUUCACAGGUUUGAUCGAUGAUUGAUGUUUGAUUUUGUGUGAGCUGGCUUUCAGAGCAAUUCACCAAGUACUUUGAGAGGUAUGGGGAGAUAACGGACUAUGUUAUUAUGAAGGAUCGUCACACCGGCAGGCCUCGUGGGUUCGGGUUCAUCACAUUUGCGGAUCCUUCUGUUGUGGACACUGUUAUGCAAGAGGACCAUGUUAUUAAUGGCAAACAGGUUGAGAUCAAAAGAACUAUCCCAAAAGGUGCUUCACAGUCGAGUGACAUUAAGACAAGGAAAAUAUUUGUUGGUGGAAUUCCAACAACAAUGACAGAAGAUGAGUUCAAGGACUUAUUCUCAAAAUAUGGAAAGGUGGUGGAACAUGAGGUAAUACGUGAUCAUGCCACAAAGCGCUCUCGGGGAUUUGGUUUCAUUGUUUUUGACAGUGAAAAAGUUGUUGAUAAUCUGCUGGCAGAAGGAAACAUGAUAGAUAUACAAGGCACUCAGGUGAGUUUUGUGGAAUGGUUGCAUUUAAAAGCAGUUGCAGGCAGAUAUGUAUCUGCUUUUUAUGAGGCAGCAGUUCAGUAUUGCGUAUUAGUAUGUUUAGAUGAUGGAAGCAACCAAUUUAAAUAUUCUUCUCAGUUGAAUAUUAUCAUGUAUUUCUGUUGGAUUUCAGGGUUCUAUAAUAGUUUAGUUUUCAUUUUAGCUGAAUUCAUUGCAGAAUUAUUGGUUGAAAUCAAGAAGGCUGAACCAAGAAAACCGUCAAACCCAGCCCCUGGCCCUGCAUAUGGUAGUGAAUCUAGAGGGCAUCCAUACAAUGAUGGAUUUGGUGGAUUUGGUGAUUUUGGUGGUUUUGGUGGUGGUAGUGGUGGUUUUGGUCCUUCUCCUUAUAGGACUUUUGGCAGCUUUGGCAGUAGGUUUGGUGAUUACGGUGGAUAUGGUGGCGGUGCUGAUUUUGGUGGUAGUUAUGGGGGCUUUGGUGGUGCUGGUGGUUUCUCUGGUUAUCGUGGAGAGUCCUCAUUUGGCUAUUCUAGCCGCUUUGGUUCUUAUGCUGGUGGGCUUGGUGGGGGUGGUUUAGGUGCUUAUGGGCGUGGAGGUGGAGGUUAUGGGGGUUAUGGUGGUUCAGGCCCUGGUGGUGGUUAUGACUCUGGCCCUGGUGCUGGUUUUAGUGGACCAGGUGGAUUGUAUGGUAGUAGGGGAGGAUAUGGAGGCAGUAGUCGCUACCAUCCUUAUGCAAGGUAGAACAAGUUUCCCAUAGAAGUUGCCCGCAGGUUUCUUCUUUUCAGCAUUACAUCUCGUCGUUCGAUAGUCACACUUACUGCAAGUAGGCAUACUCUAGAAGAUCAGAGGAACCUAUAGUUUGCGAGCCCUCACUCUUUUGCCUAGACAACCAAAGUUAGAGCUGCAUCAAUCUAGAACUUCUCGUUAAAGAUCUACAUUGGAUUCUAGUUGAAGCAUACAUCUUGUGGUUUACAUUUAAAUAAUUGUCAGUUUGUUGUAGUUAAGACUUCUAUUUUGUUUUGAGAUUGGAUAGAAUCACAUUUUAGGUGUGGAUGUAACAUUUAGGUUAUAAGACUAGACAAUUUUUGAUACAGGGCAUUUACUCUUCUUUAACUAUAUAACUUCUAGUCAUCCUUUGGAUGCAUAUUUUGAGAGCUAAGUAGGUCUUACAGGCUGCAGUUGAACUCAUGUGAUUCUGUAUAUAGCUAUACAGGGAGCAAAACCUUUGCUUAGCCUGCUAGCCUUUUACCAUAGAUGACUGGAAAUUUUGGUAGUUUGGGCAAAUUUUGCAUGUAGCCCCUCACGUUAACAAGUUUGAA